UAUAAUAUCAGUAACAGAAUACUAUGGAAUAUUUCGAGUAUUUCGAACAUAUCAUUUUAAUAUAUAAAAUAGAUUUAAUUAAUAUUCCAAUGCAGCUUUAUAUAUGUUUACCAUAAGAACAAAAGCUAGGAAGUAAAAUUCUAUAAAAAUUUUAGUACACCCGUUACAUUGUGUCAAAGAUUUUCCUUUUCCUAAGUGCGUGAACUGGUAUUUAUUUUUUUGAAUUUUCUGCGAAUGAACAAAAACUGCCGUCGUCACGUAUUCUAGCUAUUCGUACUCUAAAUUAGAUGCAAUAUAUUCCAUUAAAAACAGAAAAUGAUGAUAUUUACGAAGGAGAAACAAAGAUACGGCCAAAGAAGGGUCAGCCAAGCAGAAGAUACUUUAUGGUUGUGGCUUUGUUGGGAAUCUUAUUUUUGGGAUACAUAGCAAUAGCGUAUGAUUUCAAGCCUGUACGUCUUGGUAGCAAGGCGAUUGAUACGUUGGCUUUAUCCUUGAGUCUGCAAUCACGGUUUUAUGUUGUAGUUGUUGAUGCAGGCUCUACCGGCAGUCGUGCUUUAGCCUUUAGUUUUUAUGAGUCUGUUCUUGGUGGGAAUUUGAUAUUAGAUGGUGAACAUUAUUUUCAAACUGAACCAGGCCUAAGCGCUUACGCGGACAAGCCAAAAGAAUCAGCCAAGUCCCUUAUCGUAUUAUUAGAUAAAGUAAAAGCAGUUAUUCCACAAUCGGAAUGGCAGCAUACUCCAUUGAGUAUGAGAGCCACUGCUGGGUUGAGACUUCUUCCUGGGCACAAGGCUGAAGACAUAUUGCAAGAAUGUAAAAAGUUAUUUGAAAAUUCUGGUUUCCACGUUUCUAAAAAUUCAAUUUCUAUAAUGGAAGGAACAGAUGAGGGUAUUUUCUCUUGGUUCACUGUAAACUUUUUACUCGACCGGUUUAGCACGCACAAUCCUGGAAACACUGUUGCCGCGCUAGACCUCGGAGGAGGUUCUACGCAAGUUACAUACUCUCCUGAUGCUACACAGGAGAAGAAGCUCGAUGGACACAUAUAUUCUGUGAAUAUUUUCAACCACAAUAUGAGUGUAUACACGCACAGCUACUUGGGCAUGGGACUUAUGGCUGCUAGAAAAGAGAUUGUAACUCACGGGAUGAAAUUGAAUAAUGUUAAUCCACGAGCGAAUAUAGAAGUACGGUCUGAAUGUAUAAAUCCCAUAAUUUCCACCGAAUGGAGUUACGGAGGAUUUAAUUAUCUAGUCAAAGGCCCCAUUAGCGGGACGCACAAAUUAGUGAAGACUCAAAACUUUGCUGGUGGCGAAGAAGAUCGGCCCAUCGUUAAUUUUUCGGAAUGCCUAAAGAUCAUCGAAAAGUAUGCCAGUAAAAUUAAAAAUAAACCAGAAGGUUUGAAGGACCACGAGAUCUAUGCAUUUUCUUAUUAUUUCGAUCGUGCCACAGAGGUUAGUCUGGUGGAUCCGUUUUUCGGCGGAGUUGUCCAAGUAAGCGAAUUCCUUAAACAGGCGACGGAGGCCUGCAAUUACGCAAACACCGACCAGCCUUUCACGUGUCUUGAUUUGACGUACAUUUAUGUUCUUCUUCGUGAUGUAUUUGGUCUUGAACCGACAACAAAGCUAUACCUAUACAAGAAGAUAAACGGACACGAACUGAGUUGGGCGCUUGGUGCUGCCUUCAACAUAAUCCAAAACGGUCUUUAACGCACCUGGAACAUAGAUAAAGAAUUCUAAAUAUUUUUGCACAAAAUUGUUAGAACUUCUUACUUGUGGUGGAGCCACUUAACGUAGGUAGGAACUGUUAAUCUAUCAUCACAUUCAUUGUUAAUUAAGACGUAACAUUCGGAGUGACGAGAUAUUAGAAACAGUGAAUGUGUUUAAGAUUCCUAAUCGGAGAAUCUUAAUGUAUCGGAUAUCUCAACUCUCUAUCAGGUACCUCUUCUUUAUCUACAUCUGUUUUUGUUUUAAUGAAAUUUUAACUGCCGAUCGGUGCACAGUGAAAUAAAAGGAAGCAAUUAGAUUAGAUCCGUUUAAUAUCGAAGAUAUUAAUUUAUCCGUUUUAAUAGUAUAUCGUACAACGAGUUUAUCAUUUUAAAAAUAUUAAUGACCGUUAGUGUAUGCUUAUCGCGCUAAUCACAAAUCGUCGAGGAGAUUCUCAUGACUGGGAUUGGCCAUAUCUCUCAUUGUGAUAGAAAGGAGACAAGAGUAGUAUGAAUGAAAUAUAAUUGAUUUACUAUGGAUGUUUCCUAUUAUUUUACGAGUACAAUGAUACAUUUGCAACCUGAAGUUACAAUUUUUAAAAGUAAAAAAUAUAUAUACACAGAUAUAUAUAUGUAUAUAUAUAUAUAUUCUUAUUUAAAAACUGGCACCGAAGUGUAUUAUCGCUACAUAUCAGAAACAUUUUUAAAAUGAACAGGUUUGCAGUUAAUAAUACGUCGAUACUUGAAUAUUCAUUUUACAAUGACUGUGUUCACGAAAUAGUACGUCGUCGGUCCAUGAUUGUAAUUUAGUUGGUAAACUGGUAGUUCAUGUUGACUUUGAAAUUCAAAUUCUUUUCGAAGGAAUCGUUAUAGUUUUCGAAGAUUGAACGAGUAGCUGUAAGGGGAGUAGAGUGCACGAAACGCUGUUUAGGUAGUUGCGAAAAGACAGUCGUUCUGUAAGGUAUAGUUCCUCUGUAACCUUUUAACCUAUCAUUUAGACUACGUAGAACUUAAUAUUUAAUUUUGAAUUUCAAGGUCGAGACGAGUUGUUAUAGUUGCUAUUUUUGUUACUACUUGUUUAGAAGUUAUCACUCGAAUCAACCAGAUUUCUGAAGCAAUCGCGUAUACCUGUAAUAAGAUUAGUACGAUCAGUAGAACUGUUCUCACCAAGGAAACGUUUUAUCGGAGAAACACCAUUUGUUUAUAUGUUUAAAGUAUAAGCUCUGUUUCGAGCGUGGAGAGAUUACACUGUUUCGCUGCAAUUAACCAGGUAAUUUUGAUUUUUAAGGGCUGGGUUCUCAUUCCUUCUUUAUCAAUGAACAAAAUGCCCGCAGUAACAUACAGAGUGUGCUGUUGGCGAAAGCUGUUCCCGGACAAUCUAAUUUUUUACUGCGGUAUUUCGAGCGAGAUACUUGUAAUUUUUAAUGGUUUCGCACAAACGUUUGUACAAGAUAAAUUGUAACAUGAUCAUCAUUAGGUCCUAAGUAUUUUUACAUUAAAACUAUGGUUAAUACGAAUUUUAUCGAUUGACGAAUUGAAUACAUAUAUUUUCAUUGGUA